AUCUCUCGGUGUUUGGCACAUCUUAUUUGUUCUGGGACGGAUGGUUCGUCGCAAUAUAUGCAUGUACCUUUUUGUUUACGAGCUGCUCGCACUUCUCGGGCUCUUUCCAAAUGAUCCGAACACAGUUUUUUACCUACCAUAUGCGGUUUAUAACAACUGGGGGCACUGCAUAGCUCCUCUAUAUGCGCCUUGCAUUUCGUUAUAUUUCCAAAACGCGGCUCGUUACAUUGACUAUAUAAGCAUAGUCUGAGUUCCGUUUUGCGCGUGCGUUCCUCGGCCUCCUCAAGCUGGUUCAUCAGAUGAUUAAGACACUUGGUCAUGUUAGGAGCAUUUGGUUCUUCGCAAGAGGUAACUUUACAAAUAUCAGCGCUUUUCGAAGCAUGAUAUUGUCCGCUAGCCAUGUCGAGAUGAUGGUGGCAUUGUUUCCUAUUUUCCGCGUGUGGAUUACGACAGCCACGCUCGGAACAUAACAAGUCGGAUUCCAUUAUUGAGACGGACUCUAGUGGUGAAUCCAUCUUUUAUGAAUUGAGUUUUGGUUUCCUUUGUCGACCGUUUGAGAGUUAUUUUGUGUGCUUGUGUCCGCCUAUAUAUAUUCAUUAGCUAUCUUUAGUUGUUUCCUUGAG